UACAAAAGAAAUUUGUUUGUCGAAAUUUCGUAAGCAGAGACGCAAUGGAGGGAGGCGGCUCUUCUUUUUCUUCUUAUUCUUCUUCGCAGCAACCACGAUUUUCACAGUUCUUCCCUCUCAUUCUCAACAAUGGCUAAGAAACCAGUGAAGUAUUUCGUGGUCGAUGCGUUCACUGACUCGCCGUUCAAGGGAAAUCCGGCGGCUGUUUGUCUUUUAGAGGAAGAAAGGGAGAAGAAAUGGCUGAAAGCUUUAGCGGCUGAGUUCAAUAUCUCCCAGACGUGUUUUUUGAUUCGGAUAAACGACGAAGAAGAAACUGAUGAUUCAAUCAAGCCGCCCAAGUUUAGCCUCAGAUGGUUCACUCCUGUUGAUGAGGUUGAACUUUGUGGUCAUGCAACAUUGGCAGCCGCACACAUACUUUUCUCAUAUGGUUUAGUAAAUUCAAACAUUAUUGAGUUUUCAACACUUUCAGGAAUUCUAACUGCUAAAAAGGUUCCAGAGGUCAAGCAACUUGUGGUUUCAAAUGUUAACAACGGUGAAUCACAAGACAGUAACUUAAUUGAAAUGGAUUUGCCAGCUAUUCCCACGGUUGAACUCACUUCUGCUACUGAUAUUUCUUCAAUCUCCAAGGCCUUGAAUGUUGCUUCUAUAGUUGACAUAAAGAUGUGUAACGUGGAUUUCAAUAAUCUCUUGGUUGUUCUUCCUUCAGAAAAAGAUGUAGUCGAUUUCCAGCCUAAUUACGAUGAGAUACGAAAGUGUCCUGGAACUGGGUUGAUCAUAACUGGAGUAUCCCCUGCUGAGUCGAAAUUUGACUUUUAUACUCGAUAUUUCUGCCCCAAAUUUGGGAUCUACGAGGAUCCUGUAUGUGGGAGUGCACAUUGUGCCUUGGCAGUCUACUGGGCUAAAAAGUUGGGGAAAUCUGAUUUUGUUGCUUAUAUGGCAUCACCUAGAAGUGGAAUAUUGCACAUUCAUCUGGAUGACCAGAAACAAAGGGUUCUGUUGCGAGGGAAAGCCAUUACUAUGAUGGAAGGUCUUGUUUUGGUUUAAAAUUUCAUGUUGAACAAGUGUUAAAAUCUUUUCUGCUUGUUGCGUAAGAACUUUUAAGUGUUAAUGAUCAAAUGGUUAUUCUCAUGCACUGUUUUACUUUAUGUAGCCGUUAGAUUUGUAUUAGGAAUUUGAAUGUUGCUAUCUUUUGUGAUAUUGGAAGACAAAGUUUUAUUUAUUUAUAUAUUUAUUUAUUUUCCUGUUGAA